GGUAUAUUCUGUGGUUGGCAUUCGUGUAAGUGUAAUGGCGGAGGAGUGAUUGUAUAAGGUGUCAGUAAAUCACAAAAUGCAGUCUUCAGUGCCAGAAACUGCAGGAAAUAAACAUGCAUCAGACAGAAAUACGUUAUUGGCUAUUGCACAGAUAUUAAGGAAGUACAAUUUGAAGAACACAGAGGAGUUGCUGAAGAGGGAGGCAAACCUCACAGAUGUAGGAAGCACCGAGGAUACGUCACAGACUGACUCGGAAGUGAGUAGUGUGCUGUCCGCAUACAAAAGCGAGGGAGACCCUGAAGUGUAUGUAGGUGCUUAUACAGAGCUGAAGAGAUUUGUUGAGGGAGCACUGGAUAUUUACAAGCAUGAGCUAGGUAUGAUCCUUUAUCCAGUGUUUGUGCAUAUGUAUCUGGAACUAGUUUAUAAUGGCCAUGAAGAGCAGGCGAUACAACUCAUGGAGCGAUUUGGCCCUGAUCAGGAAGAAUAUUACCAAGCUGACCUCAAGCGAUUGUCACACGUAACAAAGAAGGACCACAUGAAGGGCAAUGAACUCACAGAUACAUUCAAGUCAAGUGAGUUUAUCAUCCGCAUGUCAAGGGACACACUAUCAAUCCUGAAGAGACACUUACAGGAGAAAAAGCACAGUGUAGUCCUUAACAUCAUCCAGGAGCACUUAUACUUUGAUAUGUAUGAGGGAGUAGCACGCAACAAACAACAGAUAGAAGCCACUGCUGGUGCUGUGGUGGGAGAGGCUACUCGGCAGGAUAACAAGGCUAAGGUGUACUACGGGCUGCUGAAGGAGCCUGACAUCCAGUACCUGCCUGUGGAGGAGGAGGAGGACGGUGAAGGCGAUGGCACAGACAAGCCCAAGAAGAAGAAGGCCAAGAAGGACCCGCUAUUCUCCAAGAAAACCAAGUCUGACCCAAAUGCUCCUCCAAUUGACAGGAUACCGCUUCCAGACUUGAAAGAUGCUGAUAAGUUGGAGAAGGUGAAGGCCUUGCGGGAGGCAUCCAAGAGAAUGACCCUGAGCCCUGAUACGCUCCCCUCAGUAUGUUUCUACACGCUUCUCAACUCAGCUGGAGUAGUGACAAGCGCAGAAGUGUCUGAGGACUCCAGUCUGUUAGCAGUGGGGUUCACAGACUCCAUCAUCAAGAUCUGGACGCUGGUUCCCCAAAAACUACGAGCGAUGAAGUCUGCAGAACAACUGCAGGACAUUGAUCGAGAGGCCGACGAUGUACUGGUUCGCAUGAUGGAUGACCGCUCAGCUGAAACAUGUAGAACACUCCAUGGGCAUAAUGGUCCGGUGUACCGUGUGGCAUUCAGUCCGGAUAGAACGCUGUUAUUGUCCUGUUCGGAGGAUACAACAGUUCGACUGUGGAGCCUUCAGACUUGGACAUGUCUUGUUUGCUAUAAGGGCCACAUCUUCCCUGUGUGGGAUGUGCGGUUUGCUCCUCACGGCUACUACUUUGCCACUGCUGGCCAUGACAAGACAGCCCGUCUGUGGGCCACUGACCAGCAUCAGCCCCUGCGAAUAUUCGCAGGUCAUUUUUCUGAUGUCGAUUGUGUCCAGUUCCAUCCCAACAACAAUUAUGUGGCAACUGGCUCCAGUGAUCGAACGGUUAGGCUGUGGGAUUGCGUUACAGGGAACCAUGUACGACUCAUGACAGGGCACAAGGCUCCAAUUUACUCCUUGUGCUUCUCAGUGGAGGGGCGCUUUCUGGCAUCAGCCGGCGCAGACUCGAGAGUCCUGCUGUGGGAUCUGGCACAUGGCCACUUGGUAGCAGAACUAACAGGCCACAAGGGUCCCAUACACUGUCUUGCUUUCAGUCGGGAUGGACACAUCCUCACCUCAGGAUCACAGGAUUGUUCAGUCAAGCUCUGGGACUUCUCACGGCUGGCAGAGGAGAUGGUACUUGAGGAUGUUAAUAUCUCACACAAUCCAGACAUCAAAAAGAGUGACAGCUAUUUGCUACGAUCGUAUGGCACCAAGAACUCCGCUCUUCUCCACUUGCACUUUACAAGACGCAAUGUACUGCUGGCCGUAGGAAUAUACGAGGGUUCUUAAUACUACUUUACAGACCUCUCAGUACAAAACAAUAUGGGAUUGUCUUUAUUGAAAUGGUGAUAUCCAGAUGAUCAAGAAAUUCCCUGCUUGUAUGGGUCCAGAAUGUUCAUCAUCUUGUUCAAAAAAAGUCAAGCUGAACCACGUUCUGAAUCUGUUCAAUCCAGUACUCAACUUCACAUCCUUUUUUAUGUUCAUUUUAAUAUUACCUUCCCUAUGUCUCCCAGAGACUGUCUUUCCCAGAAGUGUACUGGCUAACAUGUAACAACCAAUUCUUACACCUCUUCCGCCUGCCCUUUGUAGUUUUAAAACAAAAUCUGGCAGAGAAAAGCAUUUAAAUGUCACAGGUGAGAAGAAAAAGCAAAGGGAGUGAAUACUGAGAGGGCAGCAACACAUCAGUAAUUGAUACAUUUCGUAUAAUGAUCAAUCAAAGAAAGUGUUUGUAUAAAUGCAUUCUCAAUAUAGCUGGUAACCACGUUGGAGCAAUCAUUGCUCUAUCGUGCCAAAGCCUUAAAUAAUAAAAGGGCGUCCUUAUCUCAACCUCUGUUUCCUUGUGUAAGGAAAACAUAACAUUCACCCUGCACUCCUACUGGAAGUGGAAACAGAAAUCGCACAUCGGAGUAAACUAGCAUCAAACUGUCCCACAUGUUACAUCUUCCAACUUCUAUCUGUCUGUCUGUCUGAAUCCAAAGCCAGUGGAUAAGAGUUGAAAGAUACAUCCAGUUUUAUUAAUAUGUUCUUUGCAAUUUUGUGAAAUGUGGGUACACAAACAUAGUCUCUUUAUUGAGUGUUCAUGUUAUGCACUUUGUGCAAAGAACAUACACAUAUUACUACUGUAGAUACUUGUCACAAUAAUAGAAAUAUGCAAAUUAUGAAGAAAGUCUUUCACCAUACGCUCCAUUAGAGUGACACACUUUAUUUGCUAUCAUUAUUGGUGUUAAAACAAGUCCGGCAGUAAAUUGAAAGUUUUACUUU